GAGAAUAGAGAGCAUAAUGAAAUGCCUUGGACGAUACGCAAUAAAAAAUCUCCUGUCCAGGAGAUUACCGUCGAUUCGAUUCGCCGGAACCCUAACGUCGCCGAAGCUAAAUGAGACUUCACAUAGUCGAAUCAUGGCAUUGGGACGGGAACAAAAGAAGGUUACUCCUCCACUGGACGAAUGGCUGAAACGAGGGAAAGACUUAAACCCUGCGGUUCUAAGAGGCCUCAUCAAUUCCCUCUGCGAGUCUCAGCGAUUCAAUCACGCUCUCCAGGUCUCAGAGUGGAUAACUAAACGAGGUAUCUUCGAUCUAAGCACUGAAGAUUUUGCAUCUAGGCUUUGUCUUGUUGAGAUCAGUACAGGGUUGAAAGAAGCAGAAAAGUUCUUCAAAAGCAUUCCUGAAAACAUGAGAGACGACUCAGUCCACACCACUCUCUUAAGCUUGUACACAAUAUCCAAGAAAACAAGACACGAAGCGGAAGCCACUUACCAGACGAUGAGGGUGCAAAACAUGCUUUUGAAACCUUACCCUUAUUACAGCAUGAUUUAUCUCUAUGCUCUUCUUGGAGAAAAAAACAUGAUCGACGAGAUUCUCAGGCAGAUGAAGGAGAAUGGAGUAGAACAUGACAAGAAUCUCACUGCCAAUAACGUUUUGAAGGCUUACGCGAGUCUACCUGAUGUGGAGGCAAUGGAAAUGUUUCUGAUGGGAUUAGAAGUCGAAGAACCGCGAUUCUCAUUGGCGUGGCAAACGGGAAUAAGCAUCGCAAAGGCGUAUUUAAAAGGUGGUUCAAGUAGAAAAGCGGUAGAGAUGUUGCGUAGAACAGAACUUGUAGUUGAUACAAAGUCGAAAGACUCAGCGAACAAGGUGUUGAUGAUGAUGUAUUGGGAUGCCGGAGCAAAACAAGAUGCUUCCCGCCUUUCUAGGCUCAUAUAUCCCAAGAGUAAGAAGGGAAAGAGAAUGAAAGCAUAUGAUGAAAAAAUUGAAAGCUAUGGAGGGGACUCUAGCGACCCGAUAAUUUUCAUUGACAAUCGUCGAGACUGUGGCAGUGUUGGUGAUGGUGAUGGUGAUGUUGAUGUUGAUGUUGAUGUUGAUGUUGAUGAUGGUUUUAGUGGUAGUAGUGAUGGUGGUGCUAGUUGUGGUGGUGGAGGUUGCGGCGGUGGUGGUUGUGGCGGUGGGGAUUGA